AGUAGGGGCAUGGGCACCAUUUCCAAGCACCCAUUGUCUCUCUCUCGCUCUCUGACACCCUAAAGAUUCAAGUCCUGCUCCACUGGCAUUUUAAAGGAUGAUUAUCAGUAAAAUAUACCUCUAUCCACAAGGAAAUAUUCCAGAAUCUGAGCUUUGGUUGACCAUGGCCAUCAUUCAAAAAUAAAGGACUCCAUUUGAAACCAAGGUUACAGUUGUUCUGGAUAUAUAAAAAUACCUCAUAAGCUUCUUAUGAUGCGCUCUAGAAAAUAGAUCAUAUCCCCUCCCCCCUCCCCCUGGCUCACUACUGCCCCCCACCCCUCCCUUUCCUUGUUCCCAUUGAAGAAAAUGGCCGUCCUAAAAGUCAAAUUCACAAAGAACAAGCGGGACAAGCUAGCCCAGGUAUUAUGGAUACUUAACUGGAUUUCUGUUGUCACGGGAAUCAUCCUCUUCAGCCUGGGUCUGUUCCUGAAGAUCGAGAUCCGGAAACUAAAUGAACUGAUGGCCAACCAGGAGGUCCAUUCGGUCCCCAACAUGCUGAUUGCAGUGGGGGUCAUCGCCUGUGGGAUUAACUUCCUGGGUGGCAAGAUCUGCUAUGACUGCUCGGACACCAACAAGUUCCACCGCUGGAAACUGUUCAUGCUGCCCUAUAUCAUCUGCACCUUCUUUUUCACGUUUUGCAUCCUGGUGGGGGCUCUGAUGUGCUACACCAUGAGGAAUGAGUUGGAGGAGUCCCUGUACCUAGGCUUGAAGGAAGCCCUCAAGUUCUACAAAGACACAGACACUCCUGGAAGGUGCUUCCUGAAGAGGACCAUCGAUAUGCUGCAGAUUGAGUUUCAGUGCUGUGGGAAUAAUGGCUUCCGAGACUGGUUUGAGAUCCAGUGGAUCAGUAUAAGGUACCUGGAUAUGUCCAACAAGGAGGUCCAAGACCGACUGAAGAGCAACGUUGAUGGAAAGUACCUGAUGGACGGUGUUCCAUUCAGCUGCUGUAACAUCAACUCCCCACGGCCCUGUAUCCAAAACCAGCUCACCAACAACUCAGCACACUUCAACUACGACUUCCAGAGCGAGGAGCUCAACGUGUGGCGGAAGGGCUGUCGGAAGGCCCUGCUCGAGUACUACACUCAGAUCAUGCAGUCCAUCGGUUUUACCGUCCUCAUCAUAUGGCUCUUCGAGCUCUCGGUCCUGACAGGGGUGCGGUACCUCCAGACGGCCAUGGAGAACGUGCUGCGACAGGGAGACCCUGACUCUGAAUCAGACGGCUGGCUGCUGGAGAACAGCUUUGUGGAGACAGCCCGGUCCAACUUAAACAUCAUCAAGAACCUGGGAAAGUCCAACCAGAUCAACGCCAUCUCAGGGAACGAGGACCCCAACAUGGACGUUCCAACUGCAGACUAUGGGCCUGACAAUGUGCCUCCUAAACAAAUCCCCACUGCCAGCCAACCCCAGAGUUGAAGGUUCUGUAUGAACACUAAGGGCCCAAUUUUGAUCACAGGUCAUUAGCACCUGAUUAUGGGCGCUUGGUGGGUGCAAACGAGCGGUUUUCUACGCCUGUGCUACUGCCAGGCAUCGGACAAACAUUUGAGGAGUGGCCUCAUUUUUGAACUGGGCAAAGGUUUCUUAAUCAAGUCUUUUCAAAGAGCAAACACUAUUGCAGGGAAGCUACUGAACAGGCAAUACAUUAAGAAAUUAAGAAACUAGUUUGGCAAGGUUUUUACCGAUUAGCAAUGUGGCAUAGGAAAUAAAAUUAAAAAGUUUUAUUGGAAAGUGUUAAUAAUGGAAAUAAUUCAUGCUUAUUUUAUUAUCAAAAAAAUCACAGAAAACAUGUAGUAAGAAGUAUUCCACAUUAAAGGCAAAGUCAGUUUCUUUUGAUUUGUUAACCAUUUCUGCUUCCCACUUUCCAUAGAUUGACAGGCGCUAACCAAAUCGUGCUUUGCUCUGUUCAAAAUUAUAAUAUGAGGGAUAUGGCAGGACGCAACACAGACGCUCUUGAGUUUGCACAUUGCCUUUUUUUUGCCUUCACCAAAAUUGAGCCCUAAGGGUCCUCCAGGUCUUCCUUCCAGUGUUUGGGACACACAGGCCCAACAGAGUGUUACUUGACCAUAAUUAGUCCUUUUCCCCUUUAGGAAAUGCUGCCACGCUGCUUUUCAAUUUGGACUGGAUUUCUUAGUUUUGUUACAAAAGCUCCUUCUUCAGAAACUUUAAUAUCCAAAGCAUUUCAUCAAUGAAAUGAUCAAGCAACAUUAUUGGAUAACCUCAGGAGUGACCUUCACCUGUCAGGCUUCAUUGGACAGCUGUAAAAAGUUUGCAUAAUAACUUUAUCACUACCCUGUGUUUUUUGUAUUCAAUGUACGGUAUUCAGGUUUUUUAGAGAGUUUGGUCUAGCAGAGGUUGACCCAGGAGAUGGGGUUCAGAGUACAGUGCGUGACACAACUUGAUCUCCUUGUGCCUCAGCUAUACCCUGUCCCAGCUGUAACUAUGGUUAAAAGCGAACUCAAUUGGAAAGCAUAUAAUCACCAUAGAAGAUAUAAAUACAAAUUGCAUAGAAAUCCUAACACAGAUUUCAUUAGUUUCAUUACACAAACUUUUUUGUGUUUGUAUAGCACAAGCUAGCCUACUUUUUGGCAGCUCAGCAGGGUUCUCUUCAUUGGGUCUCUAAUGCUUUAUUCUCGCUGGUGAUUUUCACUGCAGUAGUUCCACCAAACCGAACACAUCCCGAGCAGCACAUCGUUUAAUAAUGUUUUCAGGUAUUUGAUGUUAUAAUGCGUAUUCUUGUUAAAAGCAUAUACACUCUCUACACCUUAUCAGUAGAUCAUGUUGCAAACAACAGGACCAUGCAGGAUUUUUUUUUUUUUUUUAAUUGAAGAGGCAAUUAAAGGGGGAGAGUAAAUAAAGCCUUUUCUGGGCUUGAAUAUUACAGUAUCUGUAAAACUAAAUAUGUAUGUCAAUUGCUAGUUGACAGCAUGCCCUUCAUAGAAAAGAGUCUACUUGUCUACAGCUCUGCUGUGUGGCAUUGUAAUUAGUGGUGGGGUGUUAAUAGACUUUUGAAGGUUAGUCAAGUGUGAAACAUUUAGAAUGUAUUCUAACCAUUUUAAAUACAGUGUUAGCCUAGUGUACAGGGUAGGUCAAUUUAUUUCACAUUCAUUAUUUUUCCAGUCUUUUCUAUAUAAUAUUACAUGCUGUAUGCAAACUGUUUUAUAAACAAAUACAUGUUGCUAGGCUUCUUAUGAGUUUUUUUUUUUUCCUGAUUGGCUCCAAACAUUCCCAAUAUUUUAGUUUAACAAUAUAAACUAACACCCCUAUAGUAAAAUUAAAACCUUGAGACCUUGGCAUAUUUUUUAGGAUAUAUUAAUUGAUAUAGUCUGCUCCAACUCUUUAAUAUCUUAUAAUGUAGAUUUCUUAUUAAUUGUCUGGCACCAUUGUCCCUUACACCAAGCUAAAACACAAUGUUGGACAUUGUUCAACAGAAUGGAGACUGGUAAAGCAAAUUGUGAUUUCAGUCUGAAAAUAUUCUGUAUUUCUGAACUGCUGUUGAGAUAUUUUCAGCUUGAUAAAACUUUCAAGUGUAUCACACACUCCAUCUAAUAUGGCUAAGAAAAAGCUUUGUACUGUUGAAUAUAUACAGUUUGAGCUGUGCUAAAAUCCAACCCAUGUUUGAAAAUUUAUCUGAAACUAAGGAAUGAUGUUGAUGUAUUCCAGCUGUUGUAUUUUUAUAACAUCCACUGUAAAAACAAUUGUAAAAACAGCUGGAUCUUCCCAUAUAUGGUAUUGGUAAACACUCUACAUGUAUUUUGUAUUUGCUGUAAAUAUCAGAGAUCCUUUGAAUAACUGGAAUCUACCGGUAUAAAUACUGUAAGGUGAAAAAAAGGUGGUAAUAGAGUCUAUUGCUGAUAUCUGUUACUAAAAUAUAUUUAAAUGUGUUUAUUUACCUUUAACUGAAAAUCACAAUGUUUGAAGCUGUAAGAAAUGUGUUUUACUGGUGGAGCGCAAGCCUAGCAUGAGACUCCUCAUACAGCAGACUGAAUGACAGGCGCAACUUCCUCUAUACGAGAGCACUCAAGCAAUUAUGAUUGGUGCUCCUUCGUCAGUCCACUUUCAUUUCCUAAUGGAUUGGGAUAAUGCUUCUAGUUACCUUGCCAUUAAUUGAGAGAGAUACACAGGGCAUAAAAGCACUAGAAUCUCCUGGCGAAAGGCACAGUGGCAACUAAUCCGGACUUAAACGUGAUUUUCACUGCAUACAUCACUUCCAAUCUGUCUUACAGCGAACAUCCGAUUACAAGGCAGUAAAGAAAUUUACAAACGUCCACAUUGCAUUAAAACAAAAACAAAAAUCUUCAUUAUAAUGUUAAUGUACUUUUGUUUGCAUAUAGCGUUAAAUGCCUAGCAGCAUUAUCUUGUUAAAGAUUAAACCAUUGGUUUAUUAGAUAAAAUUAUUAUAGAGGAAAAGUAAGUCAAACUGCUGCAGAAACAUUUGAACCACCUCAAACAAGCACUGUGGAGCUCAAACAACCUUCUCAAUCAUGUUUUACGAUGCUAUGCCAUAAAAACAGAAGUUAAAUCGACUACUUUAACUUCCACGUCUCAAAUUUGUGCGGUGGUUGGUCCCGGUUUGGGAUACAUAUUUAAUUACAGACAUAUUUAGAGGUGGGCCCUUUGUCAUUUUCCAGUAGGAUUCUGGGAAAGAGAAGAAACCUACUCUUCGCUGUACAAAUGUGUAAACAGAAAAUGUAAAGGGAAGUACCAAGAUAUAAAAAAAGGUAAUUAACCAGUGGAGCAGAAUACAGGAAAGAUAAACAUGACCAACAAGAGACUUCACCUUUUAUACUUUAACACCCACAUAGAACCGAAAUCUAAUAUUUUGGAGACUCCUUACCACCCCCCACCCCCGUGUCCAGGGGGAAUGAUUAAUUUACAGUUAAAGUGUGGUGGUAUUUAUGAAUGGCAAGACCUAGAACUACACCUUUGAACUAUGUCAAUAAAACAGACACUUUUUAUACAAGAUAAAGUCUUUAUUUUAUAUGUCAUUUGUAUCAGCGGUUCCCAGUCUGUUGCAUGUUAAUUUUUUCUAUUAUUUGUGUCUUAAAGGAGUGCUUAAUAAAUGAGCAAUCAGCAAUGAGAAAGAAGCACAUGUAAAUCAAAAGUGGAAAGUGCAAGUGAUCAAAGGCUAUUUUUUAAUUAUUCAAACAAGAAUGGUGUAUUUUAACAGCAGAUCAAUACAAAUUAAGCAUAUAUAGUUAUAAGAAUGAUUACAUAGGGUAUUUCAAAAACCCACCAUAGGAAAAAACAGGUCACCACGUUCCCAAGCAGUUUGCAGAUGCCCAGUUUCAAAAUUAAUAUACGUGUUGCUCUGUUCCCAGCAUAUUUUAAAUGUUUAAAGCAAACUAAGUAAAAUGUUAUUUUGAAGUCUGUAAAUGUGUGCUAUGCACUACCUUGUGUGUGUAAGGGGGCAGAGUUCCCCUAAACGUAUUGCAAUUUGUAUAGUCAGUACUAACAAAAGGCUGAGAACCACUGAUUUCAUUAAAACAUUACAUAACCAAUAAAUGCCAAGUGGUGAUUGUUUGAUUAAAACAGAAUGUAGCCGUUGGGCUCUAAGCAAAAACAAAAUGCACAUUUUAAGAUCCUUCUUUCUCCUUUCUCUAAAAGUAUAAUUUGCAGCAAACAGUACUUUAUUCAAGAAAGAUUACCAUAUUGUACACAUUUCCUGAGUAUCUGAACAUUACGGAUAAAAUAAAAAUUAAAACACAAAGGAAAACUAAAGAAAAAAAAAACA